UUAUAAAUAUAAUUAAACUUAGCAUUAUUUCAAGGAAUAUCAAUUGAAUAUCAGCGUUAGAGAAGAAGAGAACCUUGAAGGCCCUUUUAUUGAGAAUAACCCCAGCAGAAAUGCAACAAAGACAAAGUGCUUGUCAUGAUGAUGUCCUAUCAUCAUCAUUCAGAAGAGUGAAAAGUGCUUAUAAAAAUCACAGCUCACUUUCAAAAUCUUCACCAGUCCCACUACCAAUAUCUCUCAAUGGGGCUAGUCUUACAAAAGCUGAGUUAUCUCGACAUCCUUCUUUGCCAGUCGCCAGAAAUCGAUCUUCUCCUUCCUCUGUAUCUUUUACUUCUGGAGAAAGUACAGGUAGUACAUGUACUACAUUAGCAUCAGAUGCUAGUACAUCAGGCUCCACAGUCAAUAGGAGAUCAUCAAGAAGACUAUCAGGAAGUGAAGUAUUACCCGCAAUAAAACAAGAACAGGAUUGCGUUACUAGUAGUGGGCCAGGUGGUUCCUUACCUACAAUACAGCAUCAUUUAAGCUCAUAUUCAUCACGUAUUGCAUCUAAGAGCUUUUGGAGCACUGAUAUGCUAAUGGAUAGAGAGAGGGAGAUGAGUGAGAUACAUUCCACUAAUAGCCUACCCUCAAUCAAUAAUGAUUUUUGCACUGGAGCUACUACUAGUAAGCCAACCAGUACUAGUCGAAUGAUUGAGCUGAAGCAUUCGAAGAGUGAUAUACAUCUUGAGACAAGAGAUUUGUCACAUAUUAUGUUGAAAGGAACAACGAAGUCAAGAAAACAAAACCAGACAAUGUCUACAGCAGCUGUGUCAGUUAAAAGUAAAAGAAGGAUCUCACUCCAACACCUGCCUCCAAUGUACUAAGAUUCAUGCACACAAAUAUACAUUAUUUUUUAAUGUCUUUGCAAUUGUCAUUUGAUUUCACAUUA